ACAAUUUAUUUUUCUAAUACGGUCUUGUGACUGUCUCGAGUCCUGUCCAUUCUCUCUUUUUUCUGUCCAUGUUUCAGCAGUAUGAUCGAUAAACUGUGACCUGGAAGUGCAGCGUAUAGCUGUUUUCCUGUCUUGUUUACAAUGGCUGGAGUUUGUAGAUCAAUAUUAUUGUUUUCAAGCUUGCUUCUUGUUGUUUUCCUACGGUCUACUUCGCUUGCGCUAACUCCCUACGCGAUGCAAGCCUUGAGCCAUCAAAACCCAAAGUCAACUAGGGGUUUGUCGUCGACAAACCUAGGGAACUCGACUGAAACUGGUGUAUCAAGUAAAUGCUCUAUGGCAUUAGUGAACCUUACUACUAGCAAGGAAUUAGGAAACUAUGUGGAUGCCGCCGGCAAACCUCCAAGUGGCUUUACCCAGGGCAACCUGCUAUGGAUUGGUUCAUACGAAGUUUGCCAAGAAAUACCUGACGCACACUACUGUAUGGUCUCCAUCAGUGCCCACAUGGGAAAUAAUAUACUUCCUAUCCGUUGGGGGCUGUGUGUUCCCAAAGCUUGCAGUGAAAGAGACACUUCAGUUGGUCUGGAAGACAUUAUCGAUGUGCUGCAUUUGAAUAAGAGCCUUGAAGUUUCUGUGAAAUCAAGAUCUUCUUACUGUGCUAAACCAUCAGAGUACAGUGUAUCAGCUAUAGUCUUAUUGUUUUUCUGUGCUGUACUAUGUGCUCUUAGCUUGAUUGGAACUAUUGUGGAUGGCAUACAGAGUUUCAACUUCCUUCCUGUUCUUGCUGUCAAUAAAAACCCAUCCUUCAUGGCAGUAGCUAAUGGGGCAGCACGUAAUCGAGUCCAGCUCACAGUGAAUAAAGAUGAAGAGAAGACAGAUGAUUCAAGCCAGCUGUUAGAGGGCCAGCAACCACUCCCUGUUGUUCUAGUACCUUGUAAUGAAAAGAGUAUUGUGAAUCGCCUUCUGCUGUGUUUUUCCCUGACAAAGAAUGCUGGUAGGAUUAUGGACAUGGACGUGCCAGCGGGCGCUAUAACUUCACUCAACGGCAUGCGAUUUAUUAGCAUGACAUGGGUCAUCCUUGGGCACACAUACCUGUGGAUGUUGUCAACUGGAGUUGUCAAUAACUACAAGACAGCCCUUGAAAUAGUUCACAGAUUCUCAUUCCAAGCAAUCAACAAUGCUUUCUUAUCAGUUGACAGUUUCUUCUUUCUAAGUGGCUUGCUGAUGGCAUACCUAGGCCUCAGACAGAUGAACAGAAGAAAUGGGCACCUCCCUCUACUUCAGUUCUAUCUUCACCGUUUCCUGCGUUUGACGCCUACCUACAUGUUCGUCAUCUGGUUCUAUGUUUCCUUGGAACCCCACCUUGGUUCAGGACCCCUGUGGUACACCCACCAGAUGGGAAAUCCUGCAUGUGAGAAAUACUGGUGGACCAACGUGUUAUAUAUCAACAACUUCUACCCUAAUGAGCUUAUCAAAGAGUGUCUAGGCUGGUCCUGGUACCUGGCCAAUGACAUGCAGUUCUUCGCCAUCAGUCCAGUACUUCUCUACAUGAUCUACAGGUACGGUAACAAGGGACUGUUUGCCGGUGUUGGAGGCUUGCUGGCUGCAAGUUUUGUUGUGACAGGGGUUUUGAUUGGCUACUACAAGCUUCCUGUGGCACUGGCAGGGGAAAUAGAAGGAGGUGGCAACGGUUUUGGCAAUAGUCAGGAUUAUACAAACAUGAUAUAUGUUAAGCCAUACUGCCGCAUAGCCCCAUAUCUAGUUGGACUUGCCCUAGGAUAUCUUUUCCACAAAGACAAGCAGAGAACAUCCCUUCUGCAUUUCAGACCAAGUGCAAGAGUGGUGUUUAUCCUUCUUGGCUGGAUAGUUGCAAUUGUUUGUGGGCUGGCAUCCCUCUACGGGUUGUACAAGAACUUCCGUACUCACCCUGAGCCCUUCAACAUGACUGAGAAUGUGAUCUAUGGUGUAUUUGGGCGCUUUGCAUGGGCUGUGGCCCUGGCAUGGGUGAUAUACACCUGUCAUACUGGUGUUGGAGGAACCAUCAACAGCAUCCUGUCUGCGCGGAUCUGGAUUCCUCUGAGUCGUCUUACAUACAGUGCCUACCUUUUACACCCAAUCGUACUUGGAGUCUUCUACAGUUCCUUCCAGAGCACAAUCACAUAUACAGACUCCCUCCUUGUCUUCUACUUCGUGGCGAUCGUGGCCGUGUCAUACGCAUGCGCAUUCGUCCUAGCUCUCAUGGUGGAGUUUCCCACAAUGCAACUGGAGAAAUUAAUUCUGAAGUGAGACACCACGUCAGCUGCCCGUCCAGAAAUAGCCAUCAUAAACCCCGUGUAAAUAGCGCCAGGAAAUAUUGAGGGCACAGCCACGUAUACUGGUCAUUUCCUCGUAUUUUUUUUUAUAAAAAAAAAUGGGGGGGGGGGGGCACGCGCCCCAUCGCCCACCCCCUGCUACGGCCCUGUGAUACACGAUGUGUGACGACAAUGCUCGGUGUCAGUCGGGCUCGGACGUGCUAGUAUUGCUGAUAUUUUUUUGUCCGGGGCUUUAGUUUGUUAUGUUUCGAAAAUAUAUAUUUUUAACAGAAGAUAGUAACCACAGGAAAUAUGCCAGUGUUACCUACGAAAGGGUAACAUAGGCUAUACUAUUAUGAGGGGGGCGUAAGGAAUUUGCGAAAACCGCAGAACCGCACAGAAAAACGCGCAGAACCGUCAAAAUAAGUCAAUAACCGCAAACCGCGCAGUCUAGAGAAACCGCAAUGCCGCGGGAUAAAAUACGAAAACCGAAAAACCGCGCCAGAUUUAAGGCAAAACCGCAAACCUUUACGCCCCUAUUAUUUUUAGGAAGAAAGAAAUUAUCAAAAUCAAAGCAUCAUAAACAAUCACAGAAUUAGUGCUGGCCACUCAGAAUGUGAAUUUUCAUCCAGUUUUAUUACAAUUAUUACAUCGAAAGGGGUACAUCUUUUUCCAACACAGAGUUUUGUAUGAUUUACGAUUCAAAUAAAAGACUAGACUUUUA